AUGAAGAUACUGUGUAUAUGUGAGAUCUGCAGCUGUGGGCGUCACCGCUGUCCACACCUUCCUUCAGUGCUCUACAACUGUGGCAAACCCUGUUUUAUCACAGAGUACAAAGAUAACUACUACCCACACAGCAACACUGGAGCAGCUCUGCCAUGCAGACCCAAAAAUCAUUAUCAGAGGAACCCAGAAAAAAUGGAAAACACCACCACAUUCAGGAAGGAUUAUGUACUGCAUGGGGUGCACAGACCAAAGACGCACAUUGCAGAAUACAUCAAGCCAGAAGGAGUCAUUGAUAUGGGCACCACAUACUUACAGGAUUUUAAGCCAUACCCAGUUCAACCUAUUCCUGCAGCCAAAUCUGCCGGGUACAAGCAGCCUCCAGCUAGGAUGGACUUGAAAGCUACAUACAAAGAUGAUUACAGAGUAUGGGGGAUUAAAAAAAGACAAAACCUCAAAACACAAGACAACUUAAAGCUGUGCACGGACAGGUUUAGCAACACAACCACUUUCCAGGAUGACUACCAUUUCAAAGGCCCAAUUUCAAAGGAGAAUUUUAAACCAGCACAUGUACCCAUGGGCCCAAUACCUUUUGAUGGUCUGUCCAGCUACUCACAGGAGUAUGUACCUUAUUCUGUGGAGCCUUAUAAAUGCAUUGAAAGAGAACCCUACAAGCCAAGUGUUAUUCCGUUUGAUGGUCUCACUACACAAAGGAAAGACUACAAGGGAUUACGCGGGGAACCAAGCAAACCAGCCAGGUCUAAAGCUGCCAGAGGAACCCCGGCCACCAAAUUUAAUUGUUCGACUGAAUUUCAUGAUAAUUACAUAUCAUGGCCUAUACGACCAAUACCACUGCACAAGUAUGGUAAACAUGUUCCCCCAGAAGUGGCAAUGAACAUGACUUCUACAGCUCACGCAGACUUCGUGGAGCACAAGAUUUCACCAGCUGUAGCAAUCUGCCCUCAAACUCAAGCCUGGAAUUGUACCCCUUUUGAAUCCAAGUCGACUAUGAAAGACGACUAUAAGUCAUGGGAUGCCAAGGCGGCACCCUUGAUCAGAGGGGUACAGCAAAUAGAGAAACCUACUGGCCCAUUUGAAAAUACAACCACUUUCCGGGCUAACUAUGUGUCACAUGCCCCCGCUUGCACUCUGAGCUGCAAACCCAUUCCCACUGUACAGUGCUGUCAGCCACUGGACAGUGAAACCACUUACUGCACAAGCUAUAUUCCCAAGGCGAUCAAAACAUGCCCUGCUGGUUUUGCCAACCCACCAGGCUAUGUUUAUGAAAAAAUGGAACCCUGUGGCCAUCGACUAUAUCGCAAACUCUCUGCCAGACAGAAUGGAAACACUGGUAAUGCAGCAAGUAACCAGUGUAUUGGAUUACACUCGUAAUUCACAAACAAUCAAUGGCUUGGGCUCAACAUGGAAGCAGGCGCUUCUUAACACAGUUUAAAUGCUUCAGCUUUGUAUUCAGAAAUCAGUCCUUUCUCAAGACCUGGAGGUUUUUUUUUUUUUUUUUAAAUGCAAUGAAAAGUUUUAGUUUAAUAUCGCUGACAAACACAUUUUCUCAAUUUUAUUUAUUUAUUCACCAGCUGUUUCUAAUAAAAUUGAUUAGAUAUUGUGUAAAUUAAAAGAUACAUAUUUCAAAAGAAUUUGAUUACAUUAUUUGGUAGUCUUAUAUCCAACUUGGUAUACAUUUGGUUAUGAAAUGAGAGGGAGGUACUCAAUAUAUACAAUGGCAUUACAAACACAAAGGAUUUAUUGAAUCAGUGUUAUCUAAUUAAAACUGCUUUUAAGGUGAAGUGCAAUCUUUGGCUGGAACUAGAAUGUGCAAUGUCAAGACUGUCAUGAAAUAUAAUGGGUAUUUUUUUCCACACUUUAAAAGUGUUUUUUGUAUUAUUACCUAUCCUAUAGCAUUACAUGCCACCUUUCCGAGGUUAGGUGUAAUCAGCAUUUAUCAGAAAUGAAUCUUAAGUGCACCAUCCAAAGCAAAUAGCUCCUGGUAUGAUGAUCAAAAGAAAACACACAGAGAAAAAUACUAUUUUAAUAAAUAGCUGUAUUCAAAUUAUUUCUAUAAAAAAUAUUUGCAGGAAAAUACAUUAUUCAGCAAAGGAAAUGUUGCUAGAUCAUUAUUUCAUGCUGCAGUUAAAUCACUCAGUCAGACCGCUUGAACCGUCAAUGUGACCGGUGUUACAAAAACUCUUGAUAUGUAAAGAAUAAAGACAGAUGAAAACCCUUGUAUGGCAAGUGCACAUGGAUGGUUAGCACACAUGGACCAGCCCAUUUACUAAAGGAAGGCAAACAAAAUAUGUCAACUGUUUUUAGGGAGGAAUCAGUUAAUCAGAAACAGUACAAAUUCAACAUCUGAGAAGUGCUUUCAAAAACAAGGAAAAAGUUUAGAAAACCAAAAAAGGACAAAAAAGAUCUGUCAGGACAACAUUAAAAUCACAAUAUUGCACUUUUUAUAUUUGACAUUCUAAUAAAUAGAUACAGUAUGGUAAACAUGUUUCUCAUUAAAAUUAUUUACAAAACAGACACCCAUUACAAAAACGAGAAUAUUCCCUGCCAAAUACAUUGUUUCUCAAACAGUUUUUCUGGCAUCACUUUUUACAUAUUUUCCAGUAUACCUUAUUUAUACCAGCUGGCAAAAGGACUUAAGUUAUUGAGAGUUUAAUAAAAUAGUAGUUUUGCAAGGUAAAAGCAGAGAUAUAUUUUUCAUACUAUUGAGAGCUAUAUUAACUACAUAUCCUAAAACAAGUGUGGGUGCAGGUGCUUCUGUGUUUAGGCAAUAUUGGUGCAGAUGCCCUUCAAAACCAUACUGUUUAAAACGCAAUAUUUUAGGCGUUAAAAGAUGAGCCCUACAAUAAUUCCGUAAGUGGCUCCCUCGUUUACAUAUCUUUAGAGAGCUGUCAGAAACAGAUUUGUGGGGUUACUGUUUUGUGGAACUGCUUUCUAACCGAUUAAGUUUAUUAUUCACCUAACUUUAUUGUGUACAGCAUGUUUAAAGUUUUAUACUGUAUCUGCAUGAAUAUAAAAAAAAAAAAAAAGCGCCAAUGGCCACAACAUUUCUGCUAUGUAGACUCCAACCAGACAAGAAUUCAUAUUCAGCAUAUUCAGUUUGCACUGGCAUUGCUACACAAUCUCUACAUACAAAACAUCCACCAAAUGCAGAACAACUGUAACAAAUCCCACUAGCAACAGAAAUAUACCAUAUUAAACAAGUUUAAAAUUAUUUCUGCUGAGACACUUAACAUAAAUUUUCAUAAUGAACCAUGCAAGCUUAAAAAAAAGGUGUAUUUUUUUAUAAUUACAACAAAGUAUUAAAUCAGAAAAAAUAAGGCACAUGGUUAACUACAAUCCUCCAGACAUAUGCAAAUCAGACUACAACAUAAGACUACAUUUUUAGCUGUGCUGUUUACACAACUCAAAAUACAUUGUCAUUAUUGCACAAAAGACCCCAAAAUAAGGCUAUUUUGUACACAAACUGCACAUCAGGUUGUACAUCACAAAUAAAAUUUAGAUGGACCUCCUGCCAAGCAGGUCUCCGGUGUUUUAGAAGCCUGAUUUUGCAGUCAAGCGGCAGUGUGACCAGACCAUCUAGGAGACAGCACUGUUAUGUCGGCUAUUAAUUUAAGUGGGAAGAUGCUACUCAUGUGCUUUCCAAACGUUAGCGUAGCUUGGACUGGUUCCAAACGGAUCUGUUUUUAUCUAAUUUAUUUCCCUCUGGCUUUGUGUUUUUUCAUAAUUAAAUGUUACCUUGGUACAAUGUAUUUCAGUGUGGGAUAGCUUUGGUCCGAGACCUAACCAACACUUUUAAUAAAAUUUUGAACCCCUGUUUAUUACUGGCAAUGCAAUGAUGGUCAGUAUGGAAUAAGGCCCAUAGUGGCAGAUCAUCCUUCUCUUGAUUAAUACUGUCAUACAUUUUAUCCUAAGCAAAUAUGAACCUUCCGCUCAUAUAUCAGCUCCAUCCGUGAAUUUAACAAACAAUACAAAAACCCCAGAUUCCAGCUCAGUUACAGUGUGGAUCCAUUUGAGAAAAGCUGCUAGAUCCCUGGCCUUCACCAUCUUCACAAGGCUUCUUCAGGUCAUUUUUGUUCUUUACAAUAAUAUAAAAGCCUCUAUCCACGGCAUAGGAACA